CUUUCCUUCUUCUCCUCCUUGUCUUUGACUCAUCUCUUAACAACCAAUUUCAAUCCUCCCUCAUUCAACACUCCAGCUACAUAUCCCAUGUCUGUCUAAUCAGACCUCUCUUAUCCCCUCAAUUUUAAAUAAAGACUGGUAACAGCACCGUCGCGCUUAUGCGUUUGGCACCUUCCGUCUUCACCUCUCAGGACUACAUCUCGGAUCACCUCUGGAAAGCUUCCGGAAACUUUUGAAUUCCCACCACCCACAUCUGUCACCGAUACACUUUUUCUCUCAUCUAAAUUACAUUAUGUUCGCUCGACUCUUCAAGGCCAUGCCCGCCAGGGCCCAGGCCUUCCCUUCCGUGAAUGCCUCCGUCCAGUCCCGCUUCAUGGCCACCGUCCGUCAGGGACGUCCGGCCACUGAACGCGCUACGUUCACGAUCCGAGAUGGUCCGAUCUUCCACGGCAAGUCCUUCGGAGCCCGCUCCAACAUCUCGGGUGAAGCCGUCUUCACCACCUCACUCGUGGGAUACCCCGAGUCCUUGACCGACCCCUCCUACCGUGGUCAGAUCUUGGUCUUCACCCAACCCUUGAUCGGUAACUAUGGUGUUCCCUCCGCUGAGAGGGAUCAACACGGGCUUCUCAAGUACUUCGAGUCGCCCAACCUCCAGGCUGCCGGUGUCGUCGUCGCCGAUGUCGCUGAGCAGUACAGUCACUGGACUGCCGUCCAGAGUCUUGGCGAGUGGUGUGCUCGCGAGGGUGUCCCCGCCAUCUCGGGUGUCGACACUCGUGCCAUUGUCACGUACCUCCGUGAGCAGGGUUCCUCCCUCGCUCGUAUCACUGUCGGUGAGGAGUACGAUGCCGACCAGGAUGAGGCCUUCGUCGACCCUGAGCAGAUCCACUUGGUCCGUCAGGUCAGCACCAAGGCCCCCUUCCACGUCAGCGCGGCCAACCCUCUAUGCCACGUCGCGGUCAUCGACUGUGGUGUCAAGGAGAACAUCCUGCGCAGCCUGGUUAGCCGUGGAGCCAGUGUCACUGUGUUCCCCUUCGACUACCCCAUCCACAAGGUCGCCCACCACUUCGAUGGUGUCUUCAUCUCCAACGGUCCCGGUGACCCGACUCACUGUCAGGACACCGUUUACCACCUUCGCCGCUUGAUGGAAACCUCCCAGGUUCCCAUCUUCGGUAUCUGCUUGGGCCACCAGCUUCUGGCUCUCGCCAAUGGCGCCCGUACUGUCAAGCUCAAGUACGGUAACCGUGCUCACAACAUCCCUGCCCUGGAUCUGAGCACCGGUCGCUGCCACAUCACCAGUCAGAACCACGGUUAUGCUGUGGAUGCUGAUACCCUGCCUUCUGACUGGAAGCCCUACUUUGUCAACUUGAACGACUCUAGCAACGAGGGUAUGAUUCACAAGACCCGUCCCAUCUUCAGCACCCAGUUCCACCCUGAGGCUAAGGGCGGUCCCCUGGACUCGUCUUACCUCUUCGACAUCUACCUGGACAGUGUGGUCAAGUACAAGAACAGCCAGCUGGCUUUCCAGCCUGGUCGUGAGACCACCCCCAGCCCUCUCUUGGUUGACCUGUUGGCCAAGGAGCGUGUUGGUGUGCAGCCUACCAUCGGUAUGCAGAACGUGGCUGCUGCUGCCGCUGCCGCCGCUACUGCUGCUUAAACAGAUUGUCGAUUGGGACUGGAGUUAAGGAUAUGGGCACGGUUGGAUCAUAUACGGUUUCUUUUCUUGUCAAAAUGUUCGGAUCAUAAUUUGGGUACCUCUUUGAGUUAAAUGUAGUAAAUGCAUUACUUCCAUUUUAC